AUGACAGACCAUUGUACGAAGGUCCGCCGAUCUUUAAUGAGGAGCCUCCGGGGCCGGAGGAUGAAGCUGGAACUGCUGCUAUCAAAAUCGUUGAACUCGAUGCGAUUCUUGGCGGUCAAGUUGUGCAGUGGUGUUGCAUCUGGAUUUAAGAAACCUGAAGAAGACAUGCGGUUAUAUAUGUUGAAGCAGUUUCAUGAAGGGAAGUGUAAGGUUGGCUUUGUUGACGAUGGUGCACUUUCCAAAUCGAUUCUUGGAAACAAAAACUGUUAUUUAUUUGAUUGUGGUUUCGAAGUAUUUGUUUGGGUUGACCGAGUAACUCAAGUUAAGGAGAGGAAAAGUGUGAUUUGCGCAACCGAGGAUUUUGUGGCUCGCCAAGGUGUUCUUGAAAUUGCGAUCUCAUUAAUAUCGUCGCACUCGUACGCUUCCCUACGUCAAUUUUGA